GAUGCAACUGGUCAGCUGCGCUGUAUUACAAGGCUUCCUGGUUCGCCAAUGAAACAUAUGCUGUUUCUCUGCUGUGUUAUUCAGCAUUAUCAUCAUCAUAGGUUUCAUUAGACACGAUCCGGUGUGACCGCAGCCACGAACAUGAACACGGAAAAGGACUUCUCGCCUCUGACACCCAACAUUGUCCGGGCUCUGAAUGACAAACUGUACGAGAAAAGGAAAGUAGCCGCGUUAGAGAUCGAGAAACUGGUGCGGGAGUUUGUGGCUCAAAACAACUCUACACAAAUCAGGCAUGUGAUCCAGAUCCUGGCGUCGGAAUUCGCCCUUUCCCAGCACCCCCACAGUCGCAAGGGGGGUCUCAUUGGUUUGGCAGCCUGCUCUAUCGCACUUGGUAAGGACUCUGGUCUGUAUCUGAAGGAACUUAUUGAGCCAGUGCUCACGUGUUUUAAUGACUCAGACAGUCGCCUGCGCUACUAUGCCUGCGAGGCCCUCUAUAAUAUAGUCAAAGUAGCAAGAGGAGCUGUGCUGCCUCACUUUAACCUGCUCUUUGAUGGUCUCAGCAAGCUUGCUGCAGAUCCAGAUCCCAAUGUGAAAAGUGGCUCUGAACUCCUGGACAGACUGCUGAAGGACAUAGUGACAGAGAGUAACAAGUUUGACUUGGUGGCAUUUGUUCCCUUGCUCAGAGAGAGAAUUUAUUCCAAUAAUCAGUAUGCCAGGCAGUUCAUCAUAUCCUGGAUCCACGUUCUGGAGUCAGUGCCGGAUAUUAACCUGUUGGACUAUCUACCUGAGAUCCUGGAUGGGCUCUUCCAAAUCUUGGGAGACAACAGCAAGGAGAUCCGCAGGACGUGUGAGGUGGUGCUGGGGGAGUUUCUGAAGGAGAUUAAAAAGACUCCAUCCAGUGUGAAAUUUGCAGAGAUGGCCAACAUCUUGGUCAUCCACUGCCAGGUUGCAGAUGAGACCAAACUAACUAAUGACCUGAUCCAGCUGACUGCUAUGACCUGGAUGCGAGAGUUUAUUCAGCUUGCAGGCAGAGUCGUGCUCCCUUACUCCUCUGGAAUUUUAACUGCAGUGCUGCCUUGUCUUUCUUAUGAUGACAGAAAGAAAAAUACUAAAGAUGUGGCCAGUGCCUGUAACUACAGUCUGAUGAAACUGGUGACCCCUGAGGAUGAUGAGGAUGAGGAGGAGGACAAAAGUGGAAGUACAGGGACACCAUCAAAGGAAGAUGGCCAGCCCAAGAUGGAAGCAGACAGCAAUGAUAUGCUGAAUGCAUCACAAGAAUCUGUUGGUUUCAGUAACAUCAGCUUCUUCACUCCAGCAAGCUCUGAAAGGCCGCAUGUAACUUUGGACCUGGAUGGCAUUGUUCAGGUUCUGGACCGCCAUCUCCAUGACUCCUCCACUGGCAUGAUGACUCGUAUAGCUGUGCUCAAAUGGCUCUACCACCUCUACAUCAAAACACCACGUAAAAUGUUCCGCCACACUGACAGUUUAUUUCCCAUGCUGUUGAAAACACUGUCUGAUGAAUCUGAUGAGGUGAUACUGAAAGAUUUGGAGGUGCUAGCUGAGAUAACAUCGUCUCCUGCUGGCCAGACAGACCAAACUGGGUCCUGCGAUGGCACCGACAGCAAACUGGAGCUCAAGGUCCCAGAGGGUGCAAAGCCAGGACAGCAGCUUAGCACAGGUUCCAAAGCAGUGGACUGCUCUCCCUCCACUCCGAGUAUGAACUCCUAUUUUUACAAGUUCAUGAUCAACUUGUUGAAACGCUUGAGUCAGGAGAGAAAGCUUCUGGAGAACAGAGGAGCUUUCAUCAUCAGGCAGCUGUGUUUGUUGCUUCAUGCAGAGAAUAUCUUCCACUCCAUGGCUGACAUCUUGUUGAAGGAAGAAGACCUCAAAUUUGCCUCCACUAUGGUUCAAACACUUAACACCAUUCUGCUUACUUCUGCUGAGCUCUUCCAAUUACGCAACCAGUUGAAAGACCUGCGCACCCAGGAGAGCUGUGCUUUGUUUUGCUGCCUCUAUCGCUCCUGGUGCCACAACCCUGUGGCCACUGUGUCACUCUGUUUUCUCACACAGAACUAUAAACACGCCUAUGAUCUCAUUCAGAAGUUUGGCGAUUUAGAAGUAACAGUGGACUUCCUGAUGGAGGUAGACAAACUGGUACAGCUCAUAGAAAGCCCCAUUUUCACCUACUUGCGCCUGCAGCUCCUCGAUGUGGAGAACAACCCUUAUCUGAUUAAAGCACUGUAUGGUCUGCUGAUGCUGCUGCCACAGAGCCAGGCCUUCCAGCUGCUCUCCCACCGCUUGCGGUGCGUCCCUAACCCAGAGCUCAUGAGGACUCUUGAUGAGUCCAAGUAUAUGGACUCCAAACAGCAGGUGGCCUCCAAACGGGCCUCCCACAUGCAGAUGGAUUUCAACGAGCUGCUCCAGCAUUUUGACCAUGUCCAGAGUAAACAUCUAGAAGUCCGACACCAGCGCUCUGGACGUGCCUCAGAUCAUCCUGACAGGAAGCUGAUGUGAAAUCAUUGUCCCAGAGUGACCUGAGAUUGGUAAAAGCAGCAGAAGGAUGAAGGAAAUUGUAAAAGUUAUACUAAAAGAGUCUAUUAAGAUGCUGUUCGCCAAAAAGUAUUAAGAGAUUUUGAUUUGAAAACGCUCUCUUGAGAGAAACACUGUAUAUACAGUACAUAAAUAACAGUAAAUAACUAGCUGCAAAUUUUUGUGCUGGUUUAAUUAUGCUGGAAACUGGUUUAAUUCACCACAACUGUACUUGACUGAAGAAGAAUUGGAGAGUGUACAUAUAAUUCCUUGUAUAUCAUGACACGUGGUGGCGAUGACAUGGCCAUAUCCUCCGUUUCAGUGAUGCCCUCUCAUCAGCUGAGUUUCCUUUCCAGCUAAUUGAAAUGUUCACAGUAUUUCACAUGUAACUGACAUGCGUCUCAGUAUUAAAUGUCACACUUCUGUCAUUUAAUCCUCAUGUGAACCACAGUAUUUUCACAGCGUAUCCUUCUGAGCACUAUGAAUAGGGCAUACACUCCUUGUUGACUUGAUCACAUGUCGGUCAGAAACUACAUUUAUGUGUGUACAAUUUUUACACUGCUGAACUGAGAUUUUAAACUUUGCAAACUGUAGUUUACCGAUCAAUGUCUGGAUAGACACAUAUUGUUAAUGCCAUUUCUUUGUUAUUAAACCUGAUCACAGACAUACAUGUUUAUCUCCUACAAGCUGUCUUAUAUUUACUGCAACUAAUACGUAAUUCUAUUUGUUUGUGCACUGUUGUGUCUUGCAUUCCAAAAAAAAAGAAAUCACCCUUUUGUUGUUCCUGUGUGAAAAUUAAUAAAGUGAACAUGUUAAAACCAAGAA